AUAUAAGAGGAGCUCAACAUUCAGAGCAGCACGACAACAACCUCCUCGACCAUCUACGAGACCGUCUGCUGAAGCUCACCUGAAGGUCUGAUCACUGUAACCAUGCUGAAGGUAGCACUCGUUCUUGGAUGCCUCCUGAGCCUCGCUCUGGCUCUCCCUCAGAUGGAGGCAGCGCACAAACGAGUGGCUCGUUCAAGCUCCAGCUCCGACUCCAGCUUUGAAUCUGACGGCUCCAACUCUGACUCCAAUGAAAGAACCACCACCAAGGCUACAACAACAACAACAACAACAGCAGCUACAACUUCUACUACCGCAGCCACACCUACUACUACCACAGCUCCCACCAACACUACAGCGGCAAAAUAAAAUUUGAAAUUCAACCAUUGAUCAUGACAACCAGUACUGUAUGACAUGUAUUUUCUAAAUCCGCUUUGUCUCAUGUCAGAUUGUCCAAACAACUGCUACUGGCUCAUCUCUCAAAUUCAAUUACACGUGUGUAAUUACAAUGUGGAUCAGAAUCACUGUAUUCUCUGAUGCAUCUGCUGAAUAAACCCCUUAAACUGACAA